AAAACACACAUGUGACACUCCACGUAGUAAAGGUUAACACACCUGUCUCCUCUCCAUAAAAUGACUCCACGGCAGCUCAUUACAGGAGUGCAACGACGUAAAUACCUCCCAGAAAAGAAAUCUCCAUACAUAAUGUACUUUUCAUUCAAGCUCUGUGUACACGCAUUAAAAGUAGCUCAGAGUAAAUGCAUACAAGGCCCGGGUGGGAGGAAGGGGGGAGGGGAGACGGCAAUACGCUGGAGUGUGGUGAAGGGUGAUGCAGAAACAAUCCCACAGCACUACAAGCAUUCCUUCUCCCAUUAGCCUUUCGAGUACACAAGGACGCAUCAUGCACUCAAGAGUCUGCGUGCGCUCUUCGACAUGCGUGUGUGCGAGUGCGUGCGAGGGCGGCGAGGUGGAGGGGGGAGGCGGAGGGAGGUAGGAGAGCGCCCGGCCGGCCAGUCUCGGUCGACCCUUCGGAGUGGAAGGAUCACGUACGGUUCUCUCGCCCUUUAAGCCCAGUGUCGAGGCUCCCUGUGCCUCCUGAGUCUCCUGUGAACUGUGCAGUGCUUGUCUCCCGCCGCGUGCGUGUCGCCUCGCUGAUCAGUUCCUUCCCGGGUUUUAAUUAGCAGAAAUAAGAACCAUAAUCACUCGUCGGGUUCAACCAAUACAAUUUUUUUAACAGUUAUUCCAUUUUCUUUUUGACCUCACGACAUUAUAAAAAAAGAUGAAACUAUAUAAACAGUGAAAAAAAUAUAUAUGACAGAAAUUUAAUUAAUAAAUAACCUAACUUAUAUAAAAAGAGCCUUAUUUUAUUUAUCUACUUUUUUCAGAUUUUAGUAACUUUAAAAAGAUCAAAAGGCCUUUAAUUUUUUUGGCUUAAGGUGUUGUGGUGCUGUGGUGGAAAUAAAGUGGUGUAAUCAAGUCUCACCUGCAACACACCUGACCACAUUAUUGCUUCCUGGCAGAUGCCAAAGGGCCCCGAACCUGCCAGGUGUGACAGGAAGGAGUAAUUACACUGCAGCAGCGGCCGUAGGGAGCUAAUGGCGUCGUGAACCCCAAGACGAGAGGCGGCGCGUGUGGCAAGACGUACAGGACAGUGACUGCAGGUGGCUGGUGACGUCACGAGAUAGGUCACGUCAGGUCUCCGAGGCCUCCGCCAUGAGCCGCCCUGCACCACUCCACUAAGAUGUCCCUGCACCCGCACCAUGGCCCGGCCCCAAGUGACGCUCCACUGAGUGCCACGCAGUCCUCCGCCUCCCACGCACCUCCCGCCACCGCCGCCACACAGACCUGAGCCUCUGCCUCACCUAUUACCUCAAGCCGCCCGCCGCGCCUACAUGACGGAGGGCUGAGGGCAGGCGGGAGGUGGGGGCGAGGGCGUGAUGGUGGUAUGACCCCGUGGGCGUGGGCGUGGCUGGUGGUGUUGGCCGCCACAUGGCCGGGCCCGCAAGCUGCCGCUGCCCCAAAGACCCGCCUGGUCACUACAAAGUACGGCCAGGUGCAGGGGCUCAUCAGGCACCUGGGCCACCUUCUAGGUGACGUGGAGGUGUUCAUGGGUGUCCCGUAUGCCAGUCCCCCGGUGGAGGAGGGGCGCUUCACCCCCACCAACACCCCAACGCCCUGGGAAGGGGUGCUGGACGCCACUUCCCCGCCGCCAGUGUGUCCCCAGCUGCUGCCAGACCCUGACGAGGCCAAUAUGCCGCGCGCCAGAGCAGACUUCAUCAGGAAUGUGUCGGCGGCGCUGGCCAACCAAAGCGAGGAUUGCCUCACUGUCAACAUCUACAGCCCCAUCAUGGUGAUUCCCGGCUCCGAGGUGUAUCCCGUGAUGGUGUACGUGCACGGGGAGAGCUUCAGCUGGGGCGCCGGCUCGCUCUUCGACGGGUCUGUCCUCGCCGCCUACGGGAGGGUGGUGGUCAUCACCCUCAACUACCGCCUCGGCCCGCUGGGGUUCCUCAACACUUACGGCGGCGGAGGCGGCGGCGUGGUGAGUAACUUCGCCCUGAUGGACCAGAUCACUGCCCUCAACUGGGUGGCGGAGAAUAUUAAGCAAUUCAACGGUGACCCGACGAAGGUGACGCUCUUCGGACGGGACACCGGCGCCGCCUGCAUCUCCUACCUCAUGGAGAGUCCCAUCGUGCCGCAAGGAUUGUUCCACCGCGUGGUAAUGGUGUCGGGGUGGUCGGGAUGUCCCUGGUCCAGGGUAGCGGCGCCCCUCAGCGUCACUCUCCGCCUGGCCAUGGCCGCUGGGUGCCCGGUGCCAGACGAUCCUAACGCCGCCCAUCCCAGAACGGUGUCGUGCCUCCGGGACGCUCCCCUCCAAGAUCUGAUGGCCGCGGCAAGGCAGGUAGAGUCUCCAGCUUUCAUGCCAGCGUGGGGCCCCAGCGAGGACGGCGUGGUGGUGGCGGGGAUGAGGAGGGGGGCGUCACUAGUCCGCCAGCAUGUGCAGGUCAUGUUGGGGUUCACGCCCUGGGAGGCUUGGUCCUGGCUGAGUGAAAGUUUAAUUAGCAAAGGCGUGGACGACAGAACAUUCGAGCGUGUGGCGAGGACGUGGGUGAGGAACACUCGCCGCCACCACCUGAGAGAGGUGCUGGCGGCCACGCUGCAGGAGUACACGGACUGGACGGCAAUCAAGCCCGGGCCUGAGGUGCGCAGGAACCUCCUCCUUCACCUGCUGGGAGACGCGGGGGUGGUGGCUCCCCUGCACCAGGCAGCCGACGCCCUUGCGCACCACACGAAAGUCUUCGUCUUCAUAUGUGACCUUGAAAAUCGACUUUCUGGACAGCUCCAGGCGCCGGGGUGGGAGCUGGGGCUGAUCUGGGGCACCGGACUCAGUGACGUCACUUCAUCUCCGGGGGCGCCCUCCCCUCCCAUCCGGCCCCCGGCAUUGACACAGCUUUCAGAAGACGUCAUCACUCUUCUCACUAACUUUGCCAAGUCGGGAGACCCGAACCUGCCCAGAGAAUCCCCCUCGCCUGGGUUUGCUGCCGUGGCCUGGCCGCGCUACAGGCCAGAUACCAGAGAGUACCUCAAAAUAGGUGUGCCGCCCACAGUUGGUUCUCAGUACCGCGCCCACCAGCUGGCACUCUGGACGUGGCUGGUGCCGGAGCUAGAGGCGGCGGGCAAGUCCUACCCUCCUGAUUCUAAGUCUUGGGAGAUAAGCACCGACCCUCACCUUUUCUACGGCGUCGUCAAGCCGCCAGACCCCUGGUACUUCCUGCAGCCCAACACCACCACCACCACCAUCGCCGCCGCCGCCGCCGCCGCCGCUGCUGCCGCUGCCGCCCAUGAAACGACCACCCCGACCCUGGCGGUGACUCCCUCCCCCCAACCCACUACCCCGCGGGUCACCACCACCCUCGCCCUCUCGCCCACCAUUGCCAGCAGCGCCCCCAAAAUGACACUCCCCGACGCGAGUGAGUACGUGCGGUACUCUACGGCGCUGAUGGUGACAGUGGGCCUGGGCGUCUCCCUCCUGCUGCUGAACGGCCUUAUCUUCCUACUGCUGUUCUGGAGGCGGCCCUCUCAGCACCCGCCCUGCCAGGGGCAUCACCUCCACGCUCAGGAGGGGGCUGAGGUCCCCCGCGUGGGCUCCGUCAUGAGUCUGGGAGGGCUGGGCGGCACCUACGGCGGCCCGCCAGACUGCGUGAAGGCGUCCUACGAGAAGCUUCACUUGACUUCGGACGAGCUGCAGCACCUCACCAGCAGGUCUCCUUCGAGCACCCUAAAGAGACCCAAGUCCCCAGGGGCCCUCAAGUCACAAGGCUCCUUCAGGGGUCCCACGGGCGUCGCCACCAUCAGUAGGUCUCCCAGGGGCGCCAGCCGGGAGACUUCCUUUACCAUAGAGCCGCCCACGCUACUGAGGGAGGGCGGUGACUCAAGGACGCGCACCCAAUCCGUGGCAACGAUUGGUGAGACGCACGCCACUCUUUAAAAAGAAUAACCAGGCGACCCAGGAGGAGGUGCAGAGGGCGUGGACGGUGGUGAGGGAUCUUCCGCCGGGGGAGGUGUGCGCGGUGGAGAGUGGGUGUGGCGGGCAGGGCGGGGGCGGCGAUGGCAGGCCUAACGGGUGGGCGGCCUUCGUGGGGGACGUGCCCGAGCCGCCGCCGCCGCCCAGGACCUCCACCCUCAGGAAGGAGAAAAAAGUCACCAUCCUCGAACAGGCCGUCCAGAGGUUAUGAUAAAGCCCCGCCCCGCCCCACCCCGCCCCGCCACGACCCCGCCCCCAGCCCCACGCCGCCCCCCACCACACUCCACCACUCCGCCAUGCCACCGCACUCCAGCACCACCUCUCGCGUCCUAAUUCCCUCACUUACUGCCAUCCACUCCACCUCAACUUUCCUCCUCCUCUCCCGGCCUCUCUACGUUCAUUUUCUCCGUCUUCAUUCCUCACUUCCCGGCAUUACUCUUUAUUUUCUUACUCUUCUCCGUUAAUCUCGCACUUCCUGUCCUUUCAAACUUUUAGGUUUCACUCUUUUUCCCUCUAUCUUUUAGUCGGUAAGUCAUUACGUCUAUCUCUUUCUCCCGUCUGCUCCUUCUUCCCUUCUCUUCCCGACUUGAUAAUUAAGGGAAUAAACGACAUUUUCUUUUGGAUUCCUUCAAAAUGUUAGUUAUUUCACUCACUAACAACGAAAACUUUUAACCUAAAUACCUUGAGUUUGGUGUUGGUGAAGGGAAGGCUUCCUGAAUUAGAUUAUUCAAUUUAUUUCAUCCUAACUUACUAAUUUCUAACGUGUAUAUGCUUUUUAAGCUUUUAUUCACACUAUUUUUAACCCUAUGACACGUUUUAGCUCCCCACCUCUUCCAUUGCCGAUGUCUUGUUUUCCUUAUAUGUAUAUAUUUUUUGUCUUGUUCCUUCUCUUCCAUCCUCAUCUCACCCACACCGCCCCGCCGCCUCACCCGCCACCCUCACUCACUCCCUCACCCUUCACCCUCACCGUGCACUCAUCCGAGACCAUAAAAUACCACAAUCCGCCGCCUUCUUCCUCAACGCCCUACUUCUCUUUCCUCUUCCUCCCUCUCCAUCCUUCUCUUCCUCUUCCUCUUCCUCUUCGUCCCUCGUCACCACGCACUCUCCUGACCUCGGCCGAGACUCUCUCUUUGUCCUCUCGCUGACAAGCAUUAAAAUGGUCAAAAAGAAAACUCAAGGAAAAACUUCAACAUUCGCCCACCUCACGAAAAGGGAAAAACUCAUUACGUUGCCACGGCUGAAUAAGAUCUUUCCUUCUCUUUUUUAUCAUCAUCAGUGUAAUGAGGUGAGUGUGGGUGAUAGUGAAUAAGGAAUGACAGUGAAUACAGAACGUUAGUGUCUUACAAGGACCUGCGUAAGGCCGAAAUAUAACUGUGUAUGUGCGAUCUCAUCCAUGUCACUCGGACUCUAUAUAUAUAAACAAGACACUGCUGAAUGUUUACCUGACUGAUAUACAUAUAUAUAUGGAUUUCGUAAAUAUUUUUUGAGCCUGUAUUUCUGUGUGCGAGAUUAUAUGUCUCAAGUCCUCCCUAACACCCUCCUCCCCUCACUGACUCCCCCUGACGCCCCUCUCUCCCCUACCCAAGAUAACUAUGGUAACCUCUCCUUCCUUACUCUUCUGACUCUUGACACGUGUAAAUGUCCUAAGGUCACUCGGUUACAAAGAGUUCAGUUGAAAGCCAAGUUUGCACGAUGAGCCAAAGAUAAAAUUAUGUGAAGGAUAGACAAGAAACGCACAGAAAACCGGAUGGGAGAAAGAAAAGUGAGCUGGAAAAACUUGUGAAAAAGCGUGAAGGCAGCUUUAUCAGGCGAAAAGAUAGAGACGGGGAGGAUGUGUGACGUGAGACUGAAGUGAAGGUGGCGGAUGCGAGAAGCAGGCGAGUGACCAGGCGAGGUGAAGGUGAUGCCGAACACUCACGCUGCACUUCAAGAAACCAGAGAUAAAUGAAGGAAGAUAGAAAGGAAGACAGAAAAAGAAAGUGUCUGGAAAAAGGAACAAAAAGCCUACAAAAAAAAAAAUCACAAAAAAAUAAAUAAUUAGACGAGCAUAGAGGUGUCUCUUGCUAAACAGAACAAAAAGAAAAAACACAACAAAAUCCGAUGAGACGCUGAGAUGAGUUUUUUUUUACCAGUGCCAAGUUUUCGUUUUCACCUCCUCCCCGAGACGAAACGAGACAGAAAACGGAGAACAUCAUGUAAACGAGAGAACUGGGAGGAGGGAGUUCCCGGAGGCACCUCAACCACAUGUCUUGAACCCUUGUGCGCUGAUGAAAAGAAAAAGAAAAAAAAAAAAAGGAAAAAAAGAGGACCAGAAAACCAGAGAAAAGAAAGAUGGAGGAGAAGAGGAAGAAAACUCCGUUGAGUGCUGGGGUAAAUUCGGUUUUGCUCGGUGCAGUCCGUCUCUGCCAUCAUUUUGUAACCCGAUUCUGUUAUCAUGUUCGUUGAGUAAAGUAAGAGUUAUAUA